GGGGGUUAACCACGAUGGAUCAAUGAUGUUUUUAUACCGUGUUUGUGGGGUUAAUAACAUCGGCCGAUAUGAUUAAGAAUUUCCUUAAAAAAAAAGCCCAUGAAUGAAAAGAAUUUCAUACAGUCAAUUAAUCAAAUCCAUCUUGGUUUUCCUUUCGUCGUCAAUUUUUUCCUCCAUGUCCCCGUGCCCAUGCCCAAAAUCUAUUGUAAUCCCCCCUGUACAUCCCCUCAUUGUCUUUCCUUUCCUCUCUUUUCCUCUUUUUUCCUCCCCAAAUCGGCCCAUCAAACCCGCCUCACCCGACGCCCUCCUCGGAUUGAACUUCUUCAUGAUAUUCAUCCGAGGUGUCCGCGUCCCCAAUGAGCGAGGUGGUAGAUAAAAGUAAGACAAAGUAAAGCAUUACUUGCCCUUACCCAUACGCCGAAGAUUGAUUCUUGAUCCGCCUAC